CAUAGAAGAAUCCAAGCUUACGCAGCACCGUAUGCUUCGGGCGAGCGCACGCGGCCUUCUCGUCGGCCGCCGACGAGACCUCAUGGCCUCCCUCCUCGCCUUCUCCUCCUCCGCCUCCGGCCCCCCGCCCAAACCCUCGCCGUCCCACACCUCUCCCCCUCCGCCCUCGGCUUCCUCCUCCGCACGAGCGUCGCGCUUCCGCCUCCUGCUCGCCCGCGCCGCCGCGCGCCGCGACCCCGAGCCGCCGCCGCAGGCCGAGAGCGAGAAGAAGUCGAUUGCGGUGAGAACGGGGGAGCUGUUCCUGGGUCUGAGUGCGCUGUUCAUCCGCGCGGGGAGGGGGACGGCGCCGGUGGAGGAGGUGGAGCAGAGGGAGGGGGUGUUGUGGGAGCAGCGCCCGGAGGACGUGGAGGCGGAGCGGCAGCGGCAGCGGCGGGAGGUGGCGACAGCGAGCCCCGGGUUCAGCUUCUCAGCCGCCGGGCUUCUCUUCCCCUACCACCUCGGCGUCGCGCAGUGCCUCCUCGACAAAGGCUACAUCACAGAAAGAACUCCGUUAGCUGGCUCAUCAGCUGGUGCCAUAAUCUGUGCAGUGAUUGCAUCCGGGAAGACAAUGCAAGAGGCUCUUCAGGUGACCAAGAUUCUAGCUGAAGACUGCCGGAGUAAAGGGACUGCCUUUCGCCUUGGGGCUGUACUCAAGGAUGUUCUAGAAAAGUUUCUCCCAGAUGAUCUGCAUAUCAGUUGCAACGGAAGGAUCCGUGUUGCUAUUACUCAGUUGUCCUGGAGGCCUAGGGGCUUACUGGUCGACCAGUUUGACUCCAAGGAAGACGUCAUUAGUGCAAUUAUUACAUCUUCGUUUAUUCCUGGAUACUUAGCCCCCAGGCCUGCGACUUUAUUCCGUAACAGGCUGUGCGUUGACGGGGGCCUUACAUUGUUUAUGCCACCCACUUCUGCUUCUGAAACAGUUCGAAUCUGCGCUUUUCCAGCUGGCAGACUAGGACUCCAAGGGAUUGGUAUUAGUCCAGACUGCAAUCCGGAGAACAGAGCAACUCCCCGACAGCUGUUUAACUGGGCUCUGGAACCUGCUGAAGAUGAAGUUCUCGAUAAAUUGUACGAGCUUGGGUACCAGGAUGCAGCUGUGUGGGCUGAGCAGAACCCUCCUGAGUCAACUGUGAAGAUUGAGCAGCUCGGUACAGAUUGAGAAGGCCUGGAGCCCCGGACAAAGUGAGCAUCUUGGUCCUUUUUAGUUUUGACGUAGACAUCUAGAUUUGUCCUUGUUUGGUUGAAAGAUGUCAAUUAUUUUGUUCGCUCAGAGGUUAGCAGCCUCUCGUAAAUUUGUAAUAUAAGUGCGCCUCUAUUUUUAAAAUGUACAGCCUCUUGGCUAGGUUUUAUAACUGUACAAUUGUAACUACAACCAAUGGCAAAUUUUAACAUGGUCCCUCUUACCUCCUUUUUUUACAUGUGAGGUAAGAAGGUAAGAGUCAAUCAAGCCAUUCAUUGA